GAAAUCAGCAGUAGGGACAUAAUAAAAAGGCCAAGUCAGUGCUAUGCUCAUCGUAGCCUAGAGGGAUGUGAGUUUCGACAACAGCAGGGAACUAAGGUUUCUAAGGUAUCCACUUGGUUAAAAAACAACAACAAAAUACAUCUAACAGCAGAUAAAUGGCAGCCGUAGCGACAAGAGUCAUUCCAUUGUUGAUGCUUCUUUUAAGUCUACGCCCAGUGGUUACAAACGAUAUAUACCUGAGCUUACAACCAGAAGGAAAAUAUAUCCGAAGAGGAGAAAACGCCACGUUCAUCUGCUUACACAAUUUGACGAAUACUGUUAACAUCAAUGGCACCAAUUACGCAAGCCUUUACAAGAAUAACAGCACUGGGGAGUUCCAGUUGCUAAAUCAACAGCAACAUGAUAAUUUUUCUUCGGAAACUGUUUUCAGCUUACCGGAUGUUGAUUUGGACGACCAAGGAACUUAUAAGUGUGAAGUGAAUUCGUCGGAUGGGAUAUUUAAUUCUGAUGAUGUUACCUUAACCAUUGCAUAUUUAGAAAAGCCGAAUCUAACCGCAUCUAGACAUUAUCUUUUGAUCGAGGAAACAGCUAACUUAACGUGCUCUAAGCCUAGUGGGAAUCCACCACCUAAUAAUAUCAGUUGGUUCAAAGACGGAUCACCGUUGGUUAGUUCAGCAUCUAAUGGCGAAAUCAGCUUACUGAGUGUCAACGAUUCCGGAUCGUACCAAUGCCGAGCUGAAAGCAACAGUUAUGUAGGAAGUGACGGGAUGCUUAGUAACCAAGUUGAUGUUCAAGUGUUCGAAGUUGCAUCAUCCGUCACGGAGGCCAAGGAAGGUGACCCUAGUGUGGUGUUGAUGUGUGAAAUAAAUCCUAUCAUAAACGGAAUAAAUGGUUCAAAAUGGACCAAGAUUACCAAUACCUCAACUAUAAUUAAUAUACAAGAUAGUACCGAUAAGUAUGUUAUUACUCAAAAUAUCGGGCAAUAUAAUUUGACCAUCAUCAACACAGUAGAUCGCAGUGACAAUGGAACAUACCGUUGUCAUUUUAUAAUACAAGAUGCUAAAGGCCUUGAAAAUUUUACUGCGAAUGUACAACUGAUAGUUAAUUAUAUCGACCCACCUGUUGUACAAAGUGUAAUAAAAGGCGGACUGAAAUGGGGACAGUCUGCCAACAUCACAUGCAAUAUCUCAGAUGCUAAACCACUUGUAGAUUCAGUCACCUGGUUCAGAGACGGUCAGCCAAUCAUAAAUUCAACCAGCAGUGACGUCACCGAAGAUGGUAGAACGUUGAAAUUCCUUAGCUUUACUGAAGCUGAGAAAGGAGAGUACACAUGUAGAGCAGAGAGUGAAGUUUUCCAAGGAACCAGUAGUAAAAACAGUUCAAAUUCAAUUCAUGUCGAUUUCAUAUUUUUGGGCGAACCUCAGAUCAAAGUGUCAUCAAAUGAAAUAAACAUCGGAGAAACGGUUGAGCUAACUUGCGUCCUACCAGACGGCAACCCACCUCCAAAUGAGGUCAUCUGGUUGAAAGAUGGACAUCAAAUCGGUAAUAAAAGUAUCAAUAAACAUAGUCGAGGAAAUAAUGACGUAAUAACUCUGAAAAUACCGUCGGUAAAUACAGAAACUAAUGGUGAAUACAGCUGCCGUGUCCUAAGUGAAGCUUAUAAACAGCAAGGUGGACUAGAGAGCAACGUCACACAGACCAUAACUGUAGUAGUGGAGAAACAAGAUGAGGGAGACAAGUCAUUGAAUAUUUACCUUAUAAUUGCAGUUUCGAUCGCUAAGGUUGUGUUGAUCACAGCAAUUAUCUUAGUAUACAUUUGUUGCUUCAGGCCUAUACGCCUGGCUGUACUAGAGCAGCAGAUAACUGAUGCGAAAGCAUCAUUAAUUGUUGAAUGUAACUACAAACCCCGGCUAGCGCGUGCCGAUUCUGUCCAGUGGGUGACUCCAAGUGGAUCUCUUCCUUUAAUGAGAUUUCCGAGUUGCUUCAACACAUUUUCAGAACGAAAAUAUUUGAAAGAGAUCCCUUCAGACGACAAAAUUGAACUUCAAGCAAAAGGUAUAGAUCGCAUGAAAGUGGCAUCUAAUGGUAGAGGUACUUUAUAUCUCGAAAUCAAUGGGGUUACAGCUUUUGAUUCUGGCGAGUACACGUGUAUUGUGAGCAGACGGAAUGGCAAGAAAACAGCAACACACAGUGGUAUAAUGACGGUACACAGUAAACUUAUCGUUGCCGUAGGAGAAGCGUUUUCAAACAAUGAUUCGCUGACGAUUUCAUGUACGUGUUUACCCUUCAAUGAACCAGUUGACUCCUUCAUUUGGUUUCUUGCUGACGAAACUGGUGAGGUACAGCAAGGCCAUGGCAGCGCCCUGGCUUCAUCUACUGAUAUUGCGUCUAGGGGGAGGUACAGUUGUGCAUGCGAGGAUAAUACGUGUUACCUAAGAAUAAGCGAGCCGACUGAGGAAGAUGCUAGAAAUUACCAGUGCAAAGUCAUUAGAAAGUACGAUAAUAUUCCAUUCCAGGGCAUAAUUGUAUUAACGAAAGAUAGUCACACAUUGGAAUGGAAGGUGAGUCAGUUUGUGCCCCAAGUUGUACCCCAGGAAGCCAAAAGUACAGAUUCGUUAACUUCUGGAGAGCGAUUGCUUAGCAAGGAUACCAUGCGAACUGGUGAUAUACAAGUGGUAUACGAAGUUACCGACGAAUCAAUCGUAACAGCAAAUGGCGCCAUUAACGGUGGUGAUAAGUUUGUUGUUGAAGAUGGUGAAAAUAUUAUUGAUAAUAAUCAAUGUAAUAAUGAUAUAGAGACAAAGCCAAAUACGAAUGAGCAGACGUAUAAUACAAACGGUGGUGAGGUUAGUGGUAAUGAUGAUGGUGGUGAUGGUGGAGCAACCAAUGCUGACCACGAUGAUGUUACGCCUACUGAAACUGAACGUGAUGUUUGCAAAGACAGCGAUGUUGAAUUAGCAUAUUCUGACCAAGAAACAAGCGAGCAAGGGAAUGCAAAACCACAUACAAAAGCGAACAUAAAAGCAAAUAAUGGUUAUGAUAUGAGUGCUGAUAUUGACGAACAGUUAAUUCUACAUGGAGAUUCCGAGGAAUUUACUGGCAAUAACAUUCAAGGUUUAGAAGCACGGGCUGAAAAUUCUUACAGUGAUGGCGAAUCUAGUGCGCAGAGCAAUGAAAAAACACAAGAUAAUGUUGAGAUGGGAGUUGAUGAGAAUGGAGAUGUUAAUAAAUGGUUAGAUUUAAAAGACAAUAUCGAAGUCAACAUUGAGACAGUUGCACUUGAUGAAGUAAAUGAUAAUCCAAUCAAAUUGAACACUAACCAAGAUGUUGGAGAUAGCGAAUGUGUAAAAACAAUUGAAAUUUCAAAUUUUACAGAGUAGUACGGUACUUACUUAUAAGGAAUAAUGGAAGAGACCUUUCAUCACCGAUAAUUGUACGUCAAUAAACACGAAAUAUUGCUUGUAUCAAUUGACCAAUCAACAUCAACUACCGCAUGUCAAAUGGCCAAUCAUAAUCGAAUGUUACAUGUAUCAAUCGUUCAAGAAAUGACGUUUUAGUGAAACUGAUACAUAUUGAAAACAUUUCAAUACAAUGGGCAGAAAAAUCUUUAGUAAAAUUUACUAUGGCUGAACACUUUCAGUUAAAAAGACUCUUAAAUGAAUGAAUAUUAUUCUUGAAAUAUUGAAAAAUUAUUGCAAACUUUUUCACUCUAUUGGAGUGGCACUCUUUUUUCACUCUUUUGCAUUUAAAGAGUACGACUUGAUUUUAAUUGGUUCCUGGUAUAUACUUUUUGAAAAUUACGAAUUAAAAUUUUAUUGUAAAAUAGGUUUUAUUAAAAUCCUUAAAUUUAUAAGCUGUAAGUAGUUAAGGUAAACCUUAGAUUUACUAAACCAGAUAAAUUUCGAACAUUUUACAUUAAUAUGCUUAAAUUAUUGUACUUUAUGACAUAAAAACAUCGCUUCACUAUUUAUAAUUUAUUAGUAAAUUUGCUUUAAAAAAAUAAUAAGCCUAGUUAAGAAGCAAAAUAAUAAUAAUAAUAAUAAUACGGUAAUAAUAAUAAUAUAAUAUGUUAAACUUUUAUAGCGCUAAACGCCAACAAGGCCUCUAAGCGCUUCACAUUAUUACCCACGGUCACUCGAUUAAACGCCUAUGGAACACAAACUCAAGAUCUCAACGGAAGUAUAUAAUAACAUAGCAUAGAAGCACAUUGUUCGUACAAGCAUAUCGUUAUCGAAUUGUUAGAUAUUCUUAAGACAUAUUUAUUUACUUUGGUAACGAUUCGAAGUAAACAAAAAGUCAGAUUCAGAUUAAAUUUUAUUAGUCCAAUAUGAAAACAGCAGUGAGUACAUUUUCGGGUCAUUGAAAUAAAAAAAGAAAAAAAAAAACAUUUUUUCUAUAUAAAUAAAAUAUACAUGAUAAAAAGUCAAAUAAAUACUUGAAACCCAAAGAAAAUUUGAAAUAUUAAAAUGUUGAAUAAAGAUUCUAGUUAAAAUUGUAAAAUUACCAAAAAAUAAAAGAUUUCAGUUUAAAAUAAUACAAAAUUCAGAUUAAAUCUAUUAUGCUAAUUAAAAUACUGUAAUUGUAAUUUGUACUAAGCUCAUUUCAUUAUUAACAGAUUAGGUCACACAAACCGAAAAUGAUAAUGAUAUCUACAACAUAAUUUAACAUGCCUCCCCAGUUAAUGUAUUCUUAAUAAGCACUGGGUUAACCAUCUAAUAAAGUAUUUUCCAUAUCAACGAAUGGACCUGCUAGCAUUGAGGGGCUUAGUAGCAUCUUUUAGCUGGGUCUCAAUUUCCAUGAAAACUUAAGCAUGGCAUAAUACGUCGUCAUGUCGAUUGUAUCAAAGUAUAAGGGACUUUAUGAGAUUUAAAUUGGUACGUGACGGUGUAUGGCCUUCUGUGAAUCCAAAUUAUGAACUAUAUAAAUGUCGUUGGUCUUUUAAAAACGAGAGAGUGCGGAUGUAUUAUGAUUCUUUCUGAGAUCUCGGAGAAGGCAGUCAGAAGAGAAUUGGUCUGUAGGCCCUAGUUGUUCGUUUGAGAAUUAUCACAAUUUCGUUUGCAGUCUUCAUUAGAUGAUAAAAAUUUAAUAUUCAAACGUGACAACUAUCUGUUCCAUUUUCGUUUUCAAAGGGUUGUUUGGAAUUUCACUCAUCGUAACCCGAACUCUUUUUAACUUAAGAUUUAUUACUGUAUUUACUUCAUUCGUUAACUGAGAAAAGAAACAUGGACUUUGAGUUGGCAGUAGCUACAAAGUCAAGUGGUGACUUUUCAUCUUCUAGAAUGGAUACCAACAACGUAUGUAUACAGAACUUUGCAUUUUUUUUUAUCCAAUCUCCCUAUUGUCAUUAUCAAUUCGUAAUUCCGUAAUGAAAUAAAUAUUAUGCCCAUAGUUUUGUAGUAGUUUUCCACGUUUCACAUAAUCAUUUAAUAUUGCAUUAAUUGUUGUCUUGUAGUAGGCCCUAAUAAAUUUUAGCAUUUUUCAAUACCCCAAACAGGUUUAUUUUGUACUUAGUGUAUUCUCGACGAGAUUGAUGUUGUUAUACUUCCCCAAAGUGUGUAGCUCUUUUCCAUAUUCUAUAAAGUGAAUUAGUAACGGUCGUCUUUGAAUUUGGAUUGUUAGCUCGCGCACUACGUUUCUAAACCAUCAAAGAAAACUUAGGCCUACUAAAAUAAAUGUUAACAUUUUGAUUUAGGUCGAUAUUUUAGUAAGUUUUGUUAACUGUUUCUAAAAAAUGUUUCGUUGUUGAUUCAAUCGCAAAUAUAUUAUACAGUUUAAUUUUGAUUCUCUUAUAUUUGCCUAUAGAUGUAUUGUAAUUAAGUCAACAUAUGAUAGUGAUCAAUUUAUUAAUGCUAAAAUAUUAAAUUGAUUAUGGUUGUUGUCAUCAGUCAAGCGGGUUGGCUGGUGAUUUGUGGCGUAGAGGUUAUUUAAAUCUUUUUUAAUCUUGUAAUUCAAGGGAUUAUGUUUAAUUUCUACACUUUAUGCAUAUACUUUUAAGAGGAAAUAAAAUAGUGCAUCAACACCGCCUGCACCUAUACCUAGGCCUUGCUGUGUGACUGUCAAAUGUCACAGGUAAACAGACCGUCCUUCCAUUGCAGAUUAGGGAGUACUGUAUACUCAAAUAGAAUCUGAUGCAGGUAAAUCACUAUAGUGCCAGUAUUAAUGUAUUUUUAGCUCAGGUAUAUUAUAUAUAACAGUUUGCUAUAGGCCUAAUAACGCACUGGGGAUCACACUCCUAGGAAAAUCAAGGUUGUGUAGUGCAAAGAUAUUGCCGUCGAUCCGGCAGUGGGUCAGGCAACGGUGUUAUUCCGUUGACUUAAAUUAGUUAUUUUAUUAGAAUAAUAAACUACGUUAUCUCUA